AGAAAUUUCCAAGAAGGCAAAGCGGGUUAAAUUACAAAUAGUAUAAAACAGAAAAUGUAAACAGAUACGCCUUUAAUUGAUAAAAUGCACAUAUGAAGCAACGCUAUUCAGAUAAGCAGGCAAGUAAAAACUAUUUCCUGCGUUAACUUGUCCACUCAAGUGAGUUCUCACUCAGCGAAAACAUCUCGGAUAGGUCACAUCCUAUUUUGUCAAACUCCCUUAAAUAAACUAAUUUUACUUGGAGCAUGAGUUCAGAUGAUUUUGUGGACGCCCAACCAGUCCCUCCCGUAGAGGCUUCAAUUGUAAGCCAAACGGAUAACGAAACAUCAUCAGCAACUCGGCCACAGCACUCGAGAACCAACUUUUCAAGCCAAGACUGCGUGGAUUAUCCUAUUAUCACCGUACCUGUGAAUAAAGACACCCAAUGCUACAAUAUGCACCACAAGAGACGCGGCGAUGCAUACAUUUUUCACCACACAGAAUUCGAUUCCAAUUUGGUGUUAGGAGAAAGAAAAGAUGACAAGGACUUGCUCCAAAAGUUGUCUGAUAUUUUAGCUGAUCGUUUGGAGUUCAACGUUAAAGUUUUUAAAGACUUAAAAUAUAAAAAAAUCGAAGAGGAAAUAAAGAAAGCGGCACACGAAAAUCACAAGAAUAGCGACUGCAUUCUAUUUGUCUUCAUGACUCACGGAUCCAAUGAUAAACUGUAUGCCCGUAACACGCACUACACUCUCGAUCCAUUGCGAUCCCUGUUCACAUCUGAAAAAUGUCGCACUCUUGCAGGAAAACCAAAAAUAUUCAUCAUUCAGGUUUGCUUUUCCUUUAACAACUACAGAGGGAAGUUAAAUUUCUCGUUUCUAAUUAAUCUAAUCGGGCAACAGGCGUGUCGAGGUAGUUUGGUGGACGAGGGAACCCUUAUUCCUCUUUGUCCCAAUCGUCGCAUUAGCUCAAGUGCAAUGGAUGGUCCAAGCAUUCCUUACAAAUUAUCAACACACGCGGAUUUUUUAAUUGCAUAUGCUACUGUUUCUAAUUACGCCGCUUACCGAACGUGGUUCCUCCAAGCUCUUUGUAAGGUCUUGGACUCGGAGGAAAACCAGAAAGACGACUUCCUUUCCAUGAUGACAACCGUCCAAAGAGAAGUCGCCAUUUCAUUCGAAAGCGAGCUUGGGGACAAGCAGAUCCCAUCUCUAACAAGCUUGCUCACCCGCAAAAUUUACUUUACGCAAAAGGAAAAGCCUCGAAAUACGCUGACGAAUAGAAUGUCAUGUAUAAAUUCGAAUAUUUCCGAGUAAUAAACGGCGUGCAUUCUGA